UUUUUAAGGCCAAAAAUAUGUUUUUGCAUAGAUUAAUCCAAACUAAGGUGGGAGCCUGAAAAGGGACCCAGUUCUUGGGUAAAACACCAAGAAUGUUCUUUACAUCCCAGUUUGACAAUAAUAAUGCGAGCAUGUUUAUUGAAGAUGAUGAAGAGGAGCAAGAUGAUUAUUUUACUCAGAAGAUUAAGAAAGAUGAUUCAGAUGAGUUCAGUGAUCUUGAUUCAGAUGAUGGCUUUUGGUCGGAUGAAGACCCAGUUCCAACCCAACAAGCUACUCAAAUUCCAGAAAGCGAUAAGCUAACAAUGAUGAUUGAAGAAAGAUUUUCAACUCAAAACUCAGUGAACUUUGAUAGAAAAUAUGCAGACAGGCUCAGAGUGUUUGUCAAAGGAGGUCAAGGAGGGAACGGGUGAGCUGCUCUUUUCAGGUCAAAUUAUGGUCAUAUCCUCCCAAACGGAGGUGAUGGAGGUAAUGGAGGAAAUGUAUAUUUCUCAGCACACUCUUAUUUAUCAAACCUCUACCAACUCAAAAGAGCUCACUUCUUUGGCAAUAAGGGCCAGCAUGGUCUUGGAAAAUGCAGACAUGGGAAGGAUGGAAAUGAUGUUAUGCAUACUGUUCCUAUCGGCACAGAGAUAUAUAAAAUCGUCCGGGCUGACCCAGAUACCACCAAUAGAGAUAGAAAUAAGGAACAUAAAAUCUUAAUAGCAGAUUUAGAUAAAGAAGGAAAGAAAUUUCUAGUUUGCCGAGGUGGAAAUGGAGGCAGAGGAAAUUUUAACCAUAGAGAUAUUGUUGCGACAGAAAUAGGUCAAAAAGGAGAAGAGUUAGAAAUAGAGCUGGUUCUUAAAACAUUGGCUGAUGUCGGGCUUGUUGGGUUCCCUAACGCUGGAAAGUCUACCUUCCUUGCAUCAGUUUCUAGGGCUUUCCCGAAAAUUGCUCCUUAUCCUUUCACAACUAUAAGACCUUAUGUCGGAAACUGAAAAUUUGUUGAUGGAAAAGCUAUGACAAUUGCUGAUCUUCCAGGAUUAAUCGAAGGAGCUCAUGCUAAUAAAGGACUCGGACAUGAAUUCCUCAGACAUAUUGAGAGGACAAAGGUAAUUCUCUAUGUAAUCGAUGGUACUGGUGAUGACGAGAGGAGACCAAUUAAUGAUUACAAAAUUUUAAGAAGAGAACUCGAACUUUACAACCCAGAAAUGUCAAAUGUCAAAUCAUUAAUUGUUGUUAACAAGUGAGAUAGACAGCAUACUUCUUACCGUGAAAAGUUUGAAGAACUGAGGCAAGUAGCUCACACGAGAAUAAUCCCAAUGAGUGCGAAGAUGUCAAUUAACAUUGAAGACGUGAUCCUUGCACUAAGAGGCCUUGUGAUGAAUGAGACUAAAGAAGAGACUCUGAAAUUGAUGAGCGAAGCUAACAUUGACCAGACUUAUCUAUAAAUGCCUAUAUCCUAAGCUUUGUGUGUU